AUGGCGUCCAGUUCAGCAAGCAGAAGUAGUCCAGAUUUUGAUCGUCCCAAAGUGAGUAUUAUUCUGGUGGGAAAAGAUGUGUCAGCAAACAGUCAAGUUGGAAACUUCAUGUUGGGAAGAUCAGCGUUUGACAGUGAAGCUCCUCCAGAUGAUCAUCAGAUUGAGAGAGUCAGAGGAAAAGACAUGAUGAUCAUCAACUGUCCUCAUCUGCUCCAGCUGAACCUCUCAGAUGACCAGAUCAUACAGACAGUGAUAGAGUGUGUGGAUCUGUCCCAUCCAGGACCUCAUGUGUUUAUACUCGUACUACAACAUCAUGACUUCAGAAAGGAGGACUAUGACAGAGCAAAGUUUGUGCUGAGCACGUUCAGUGAUCAGGCGAUAAAACGCACCAUACUGCUCACUACUGAUGCAGAAACAUACAGUUCUUUUAGGAUCAAUGAUUUUAUCAGUAAUUUAAUGAAGGAAUGUGGAGGAGGACAUCUUUACUUCAAUGAAGGACAACCAGGAUGGUGCUCUGAGAUGUUCAGAAAAGUAGAUGAGAUACUCAAGGAAAAACCUGAUGAAUAUCUCAAAAUUGAGAUGUUUGAAGACGCAGAAGGAUCAUCUGAUACAGAUCUGCUAAUAUACAAGGAUUCAGUAAGAUCAGAGACCGAUUCUUAUCAAAAAAAUUAUGGAAAACCUCUGGAGUACCAUAAAAAGGGAAAGGAUAUAGGAAACAUUCAACAUUUACCAUCCCCCUUCUCCAAAUCUUACCCUGAAGGUCCAGAGUUUAGCUCCAACCCUGAUCAAACACAUCUGAGCAAGCUACUCAAGGUCUUCAUGAUCACUAGACAAUCACAGGUGGUGGACGUGUUGCUCGACGAGGAUUUCGUUGCGAUUCUCAAUCUUGAAGAGAAAUAUGCAGCGAAGCUCUCCCGCGGAGUGAAGAAAAGGUGGAGUUACGAGGUUCCUCAGACAGUUGAAAUCUCCAAUGGAGUUAAGAGUUGGCAAAUAGAAUACCUUAACGCCAUAUGGGAAUCCACACUAAUAGCAGCCUCGCAGAAGUGUAAAUCCAGAGGAGGGCACCGGGAAAGUUUGUUCCAACAGCAGACGUUCAAAAUUAGUAACAGGCCAACAGUAACUGGAAAACCAAAACUGAACGUGGUGCUGUGUGGAACUGAUGAUGAAAAGAAGUCCUCUGUGUCCAAACUUCUACAUAAGACAAAGAAAAUACCUUUACAUCAGAAAUUGUUCCGGAAGGCACAUGGAUGUCGGAUUAAUGUUGUUGAACUUGCAGCUCUGGCUCGACAAUCAGAAGAUGAAGUAAGUCGUCAAACUUACCAAUGUGUGUCUCUUUGUGAUCCUGGAGUUCACAUGUUUCUUCUCAUUGUUCAUGAUGAUCCAUGGACUGAUGAAAACAAAGAAGAAGUAGAGAAGAUCCUGAAGAUAUUUGACUCCAGCAAAAACUUCAUUUUGAUUUUCACAACUGAUGUUACUGUUAACAGAAGUGUGACAGAUUUUGUAGAAUCACAUUCUGAAUGCCAAACUCUGAUCAGUCUCUGUGGAGGACACUACAAAGUAUUGGGACUGAAGGAAGAUGAAACGUCCAGACAGAUUCCAGAUCUUCUGGAUUAUAUAGAGAACAUGAAGACCGAACCGUAUUCACUUCAGAUGUAUGUCAGAGAUCAAGAGAAGAGAGUAAGAGAAGAAACUGAGGUAAAAUAUAAGACAAACCUCAUGAGAAUGGAGAAUGAAAUUAAAGAGUUAAAAGAAAAGAACCUGUCAGAGGGUGAUGAAGAUGACCCAGAUGAUCUGGAGUGUUUGAGAAUCGUGUUGAUCGGGAGAACAGGAAGUGGAAAGAGUGCAACAGGAAACACAAUACUGGGAAGAAAUGAGUUUAAAAGCUUAUUAGGUUCAGAUUCAGUGACGAAAGUUUGUGAGAAGAGAGUUUGUGAAGUUGAUGGUCGAUCAGUCGCUGUUGUUGAUACUCCAGGUCUGUUUGACACAAGAACUCAAAAAGAACAAGUGUUGGAGGAAAUCGUGAAAUGUGUUUCACUGUCAGCACCUGGACCUCACGCCUGCAUCAUUGUUUUGAGUUUGGGUAGAUUCACUCGGGAGGAAUCAGAGACCGUAGAUCUGAUAAAGAAAAUAUUUGGUCCUGAAGCUGCACAGUUCAGCAUCAUUCUGUUCACAAGAGGAGAUGAUCUUACAAGAGGAGGUGAAUCCAUAGAAGAUUAUGUGAAGAGAAAUAACUCUGAAGAACUGAAUAAACUGAUCAGAGACUGUGGAAACAGAUACCUGGCCUUUAAUAACAAUGAAACACAAGACAGAACUCAAGUGAUGAAACUGAUAAAGAUGCUAGAAGAGCGGAAGACAACAAAUCACGGCCGAUAUUUCACUAACAGCAUGUUUGAAGAAGUAGAGAUGAGCAUUAAAAAGAGAACAGAGGAAAUACUGAAAGAGAAAGAGAGAGAAAUUCAAGCAGAACAAGAGGAGUUAAAAGCCAGACAUGAGAUUGAAAUGGAAAACAUGAAGAAAGGAUUGGAGGAGGGGAAAAGAAAGGCAGAUGAAGAGCGACAGCAAACAGAGAACAAGUACAGACAAAAAGAGGAAGAUCUUAAAAAAGAGUUUGAUGAGAAAGAGCAAGCAGAACGACAGAAACGAGAUGAGGAGAAACAGAAACACUUAGAGGAGAAAAAACAACAAAGAGCUGAAUAUGAUCAGAUGAUAGAAAAGACGAAGAGAGAGAUUGAACAACUGAGAUCACAGUAUGAAAAGAGAGAGAAAGAGAGAAAAGAGGAGGAUAGAAAGAGAGAAGAGAAAUACAGACAAGGUCAAGAGAAGAUGAAACUUGAUCAACUGCACAUUAUAGCAGAAUUACAAAAGAAACAAGAGGAGGAAAAUAAAAAGAGAGAUUUAGAUGAACAGAAGAGAAGUGAACAAGAAGAGAGAGAGAAACAAGAAUGGGUGAGAAAAAUAAGAGAAGCUGAAAAUGACAGAAAAGAGUCUCGAGAAGAAAUUAAACGACAACAGAGAGAAUGGGAGGAGGACAAGAAACGACAGAUGAAAGAACGAGGAGAAGAUGAGAAAAAGAGAAAAGAGAAACAAGAGGAGCAACUGAGAGCAAAACAAGAAGAACUGGAGAAAAUGAGAGAGAAAUUUGAGAAAGAGAAGGAAGAAGAGAGACAAAAGAGAGAAGAAGAGACACAGAAACAGAGACAAGAGAAAGAAAAGAAAGAGAAAGAAUAUGAAGUGAAGAAAAAUGAUAUAAUGAAACAUUAUGAGAAACUGGAUCGAGAGAGAAAAGAGAAGUGGCAGAGAAGAAAACAAGAGGAUGAUAAGAGAAGAGAAGAGGAGAGAAAGAAAUGGGAGAAAAGAAAUGAGGAUAUAAAAAGAGAAAAAGAAGAAGAGAUCAGAAGAAGAGAAAGAGACAGAAAAGAAAAAGAAGAAAAAGAGCGAGAAGAAAUAAAGAAGGAAUAUGAACAGAAAAUAAAAGAGAUCAAUAAGAAACAUGAAGAUAAAGCCAGAAAACAAGCAGAAGUAUUGAAUGAAUCGAAUGAACAAAUAAAAGAGCUACAAAAACAAGUUGAAAAACUGAAAUUUAAAUUGCAGGCCCCAUGGCACUGUGUAAUUAUGUAA